GAAGCAGGAGGCAGGAGCAUACGUCGUCGAUAAGAUGCUGCGAUUUACAUUAGUUUAUAUUAAGUCACGUCCCAUUCUAUAAAUAGAAUUUUCCCGCCAGCAGCUUGAUGCUUGAAUGGUUCAUUCGCGGUUGUCGUGGCGAGGCGAGAACACGCGAACGCGCGUCAUCGUCGCUACUGGAUCGUAUCACUGCUCAUCAUCAUACGUAAUAAUACUUAAUGGAUAACUUCAGUGUCGAGUUGGACCAAGCAAAAGGAGUAUUCCUUCCUGGACAGAAUGUCAGUGGCCUUGUCCAGUUUCAACUUACUGCCCCCGAGAGUUUCAAAGGUCUCACAGUCGAGUGCAUUGGUAAGAGUCAAGUGCAUUGGUCGGAAACGGAAACAUCCGGCCGCGAAACGGAAACGGUUCACUACCAAGCCAGUGAAAACUAUUUUUACCACAAAAUUCAACUAUUCGCAGGAAGUGACAAAGAGUUGGAGCCAGACUAUUACCGCUACGCCUUUUCGUUCACGCUUCCACACCAGCUGCCUGCGUCAUUUGAAGGGGCCCACGGUUCCUUGCGCUAUUACAUCAAAGCGGUUCUGGGUCGGCGCUGGAUGCUUGAUGCCGUUUUUAAGCGCGGAAUCUCCGUCAACACCAUAGUCGACCUCAACCAAAAUUUCCAGGCGUCGAUUCCAGUGAAGAAUGAGGAGACCAAGACUGUUUGUUGUCUAUGCUGUCAGUCGGGACCCAUCACGGCGAUCGCUUGGCUCCCGAAAUCUGGAUACGUUCCAGGGGAAACAAUUCUCUUUUGCGGGCGAGUAGACAACAAAAGUCGAUCGAGGUUACUGCACACAUCGGUCCGGCUGGUCGAGAGGACAAUAUUUAAAGCCCAAGGUAAACAGAAGGAAGAUGAACGAGUCAUACGAGAAAUCACCCGAAACCAGCAAACAGCGCCGGAAAGGGAGAACCUAGAACUUUGGAAUGAUAUUCCAAUUAUUGUGCCGCCGCUGGCGCCAUCCGAUCUGCAUCACUGUUCGAUUAUUGACCUUCGAUAUUUUAUCGAGUUUAUCGUCAAUCCGGGAACACUAUCAUUCAAUUUCAAGGUCCCAAUUGAGAUUACGAUUGGCACAAUUCCUUUCCGAGAUAGUUUCCCCACAUUCCAGCCGCAAGCUAGCGCUCCGCCAUUCACAAAUGGAAUCAACGUAGAAAAUAACGUUACGCACCCAAUUGGUUUUUUGCCUCCCUUCAUGAUCAAUCAGUAUCCAAAUCUCCCUCAAAGCACAUACGAAUCCGGAGUAUUUAGCGGCAACUUGAGGGAGGAAGGAGACACGGAACAUCUUAACAUUGGCUUUGACACAUUAUUUAAACCGACUUACAUUAGCUAUCCCAGCGUUGACAGUCAAAAUAACCCGUCAUCUUAAACAUAAAAUUUGAAACAAACAUCUAAUGUACUCAAAUAAUAUAUCCAUGCAGAAUAAAACGACUUUGAUAUCCAG